AGUAAAUGAUACUAGGACUAGGGGUAAUUUUUAAAAAAAAACAUAGGCGCCAAAUCACUAAAACUCCCGCGCCCAACCCGCCACUUCGGCGCUCUUUAUUUUCCCCAUUUUCUUCUGUACCGCAUCCCUCGCCCCCAAUCUAGCCAGCCUCCCAUCUCCGCCGAAAGCUCAAAUGCACGGCCACGUUCCUCACCCCGCCACGCCCAUCUCCGACGUCUUCUUGCCCAAGCGCGGCAAGAAGCGGGGGAGCUACAACUGUGGCCGAUGUGGCCUUCCCAAAAAAGGCCAUGUCUGUAAUUUACCCAAUGACCUAACUCCCACCUCCGCCGCCGCCGCCGACGCGGAUAUCAGCGAAUCGACAUCAUCCAUCUCGCCGGUGCCUCUCUCGACCGCCCGUCCCCAGCUACAGCUUCCUCCGUCGGCUAAGCCUGUUUCUCGGCUCAGGCGAGCUCUGUCAUUCGACGACGUGGAUCUCAACGAAUCCCCUGGAUCAGACGACGAGCAGGAGGAACUGGAUUUGUUGGAUCUAGGACGAUCUGGGAGAUUGCCUUUUGUCUGCGCCUGGGAGGUGCUCAGGAGGUUGCCCCCGGCUGAGUUACUGUCGGCAGCUAGCGUGUGCAAGGGAUGGAGGGAAACGGCCAGGCGGCUUUGGAGAGCGGCGGAGGAGCUCAGACUUAGGGUUCCAGCUAAGGCUCAGAUUGGGCAUGUCAGAUCCUUACUGCAGAAAUGCCCUGCGCUCCUAAGGCUUUCACUUAGAAUGGAAAGUGAUGUUGAUGCCACGCUGCUAGCUUGCAUUGCUUUUUCUUGCCCUAACCUGGAAUCAUUGGAGAUCAUUACAUCAAAGGGAUCAGUAAAUCAGAUCACUGGGGAAGAGUUAGGACAUUUUGUGUCCCAUAGAAAAUGUCUCACCAACCUCAAGAUGGAAGGAUGCUGUAAUUUUGGUGGUUUCACUCUUUGUUCCACCAAACUUUCCACCCUUUGGCUUUCAGAACUUCGUUGUCUCUCUAAGAUGGUAUUCAACUGUCCCAAUCUAAAGGAGAUCUCUCUAGAUUUUUCUCGCGAGGGGAAAGAUACGACUGAUCUUUCCACUAUGGUGGAAGGCCUCGGAAGAUGUUGCCCAAGACUAGAGAACAUUCACAUAGCUUCUACUCGCAUUUCACAUGCUGUUGUACUUUCUCUUACAGAAGCAAGUCUGAGUUGCUUGCGGAUGCUGUCUCUUGUCCUGGGGUCUGAAAUAACUGAUGCAUCUGUUGCAGCCAUUGCUUCAAGCUACUCAAACCUUGAGCUACUUGAUCUUAGUGGAUCUAGCAUAACAGACAAUGGCAUUGGAAUGAUUUGCAAUGUUUUCCCAGAGAAUUUGUCGAAACUUCUCCUUGCACUCUGCCCAAAUAUCACCUCAAGUGGAAUUCAAUUUGCUGCAGCUCAAUUGCCUCAUUUAGAGAUCAUGGACUGUGGAAUGACCUUAUCAGAUCCGAAUGUUGACAGCCAAACAACUCAGACAAAAGAUGAUCAUGACGUGCAAAAAGUAUCUUAUAGCAGACAACACUCUGCAUAUCAAAAGCUUAUCAUUAAACACAGCCGGUUGAAGAAACUGAGUUUAUGGGGCUGCUCUGGUUUAGACUCACUGUACUUGAACUGCCCAGAACUUGAUGAUCUGAAUCUAAAUUACUGCAUCAACUUACAACCAGAGAGAUUGUUACUUCAAUGUGCCAAUUUGGAAAAUGUUCAUGCACUAGGCUGCCAGGACUCGUUGGUAGAGACCAUUCAAAAUCAGGUCAUCAGCAGUGAUUUCAUGGAAAUCCAAAACACUUAUCCAUGCAAACGUCUACCCGAUGGCUCCAAAAGAGUUCAAGUCCCUCAUAUGUUCAGACCUCAGCCAUCGAAAAAUGAGAAGAAAAAGAGGAAGAUUACAAGGUGUUCUGUGCAUGUACAUACAUAGUUCAAUCCCCAGCGUCUCUAUACUUUUAGAGGCAUUUGUUAUUAUAUAAUGGCUUAAUAUAAGCCUUUGUUUGUAUUAGUUGGUUAACCAGUUCAUAUGAGUUUAUUUAAAAAUUACUUGGUUAAUUAGCUCCAAAGCAAAUGCCUGCUUCACAUGUCAUUUCAUUACCCAAUAAUUUAAACUGCAAUUGCUCUUAUACAAACCGAUUACUAAGGUUUCUCUCAUACUGUAAUUUAUUUAUCACUUUAGACAUGAUUAAUAAAUGACUUGAACACUU